CAGCGAGCCGACAACCACGAGACCAACCAUCGCGAGGCGUCAGACAGCGUCAGCCAUGAACUGCCUCUAAAAAUCCCCUUAAAAAAUAACAGAAAUAUUUAGGAUUUUAAUGCAAACAAUAACAGCCGAUUUGCUGCUCUUUUUUCCCAGACCUAUUUUACGGGCCCGUCUUUGUUCAAAGCCGAAUAAGAAGGAGAGAAAAUGUCUUCCCCGGCGCAGGAAGGGAGGACCGGCGUCCAGCUGCUGAGCGCGGCGCUGCUGCUGCUGUUCUCCGGUUGUUCAAGCAUGGACGUAAUCAUGCCCAAUAGCAUCAAUGCACUGAAUGGAACAACCAUCAAAAUCCCCUGCAUGUUUACUUCCUGCUAUAAGAUGGAUCCAAACAUGUUUGUGAUGAACUGGACCUACCAGGAAACGCUCAAUGACACUGAAGAAAUGAUCAUGGUGUACCAUAAGAAAAAAGGAAUGGUGCCUCUGCGCUCGGACCGAUUUGGAGAGAGGGUCACGUUUGCCGGGAACCUGGACAAGAACGACCUGUCCAUCACUCUGUCCAAUGUUCAGAUCGAGGAUGAGGGGAUUUACAACUGCAAUGUGAGGAACCCCCCCGACCGCAUCACAGGUCAACAUGGCAUACAGCUCAAUGUCGUCACCGAACUUCCGCCUCCGAGGGAUUCGACCAUUGCAGUUGCGAUCGGGGCAUCAGUGGGCGGAGCUUUAGCUCUGCUGAUCCUUUCCAUGUUGGUGGUGAAAUGUCUCCGUCGACACCGAAAAAAGGAACUGAUUUCAGAGGAGAAGAUGGAGGAGGAGGACAAACUGGACGCUGAGGUUGUUGCAGAAGAGGGGACCAAGCAUAAGAACUCCCUGCCCGAAGACCUAUAGUGACCACUUCUUGGAUCGUUGUCCACUGAUACUUCCGUUCCCUUUGCAUGUGUGUGCUCGGGUGUGAUUGGCUGUUUCUAUUUGCCUGUGUGAGAUGCGUCUUUCUUUCCUUGAAAUAAGCCAGGGAGCAUUUUUCUGCAACUUUCCUGCUCAACACAUAUUCCUUUUUAUUCGUAGCCACAGGUCAAUAUCGGUGGCCAUUUGUUUUGGUUUAACAUCCUGAGAAUCCAGUGUCUUUCAACACAGCCUUAAAAACAUGUCUCCGUAUUGAAAGUAUCAAUUUAAAUGCACAGUUGCAGUUAUACACAGAGAGAGAGAAUCAAUCCUCAGACUCGCCCCGCUGAUUUUCUUGCAAAAAAAAAAACACACUGCCCUGCAUAUUCAGUGGAAUGUGUUCAUUUCCACUGCUCAGGAGACAUUUUUCACAGCAGGCAUUUUGACUUUUCAAAUCAGGAAAAAAGCACAGGUGUUACUAAUAAGGCGGUUUGUAUUCUAAGGCUGUUGGGAAAACAGAUCUUUGACAUUACAAUGGUCAAAAUGAUGAGGAUGAAGUGUACUCACCAUUAAAUAAGUCUUUAGUCCGCUCCAUCGUGUUUUCUCCCUCCAUACUAGAUGCUCUGCAAAUGAACAACGGGAACACGGGAUAAUGGGCUCCAUAUUGAAAAACAAAGAAGUUACCUUUUGAAAUGAUUAUUUAGUAACAACAUUAUAGUAGGAAAUAGCUGAGCCCAAGCUUUGAAAUACUUGUGUAUUUCAGCAGUAGUGAUAUCGUCCACUCACAAGACGUGUGCGCCCACCCAGGCCUUGUAACACGCAACACGUACAAUAUCUGUGACUGCAAUACAUUGUGCACUUAUUUGCACACAUUGCAUAGACACAAUUGUCAAUGAUAGCGAUGUGCUUUCCUCCUUGAACGCUUCACCGCAUAAACAAUGUUACUGGGUGGAAAGGACGCCGUUAGAAAUCAAAUUACUGUUGAUACAUGACAGUAUUUAUGUCAGAAACAUAUCAAGGACCAUGGAAAAAUCUCUGCAAACACAAUCACGUAGUUUAUGCGAGUGACAACAUUAAAUAAUAAUAAUGGGAGAACUUAAUAAAACAGCCACAGUUAUGUAGUUCAUCCUUAUAUAAAAAUAUCACACGCACAGUAGCACAGGGGAUCAAAUUAGGACACAAGAUGCUUGUGGUCACGACUGACAGAACGGUGCUGAAUUGCAAAUAGGUAGAAUCAUCUACUUGGUCAACUGAGAGCAUGUACAGCCUACAAUACUGCCACGACUGCAUGUCCAACAGUGCAUAUCAAAAAGUAGUAUUAAUAGCAUGAUGAAUUAAGAAGUGCAAUCAUGUUCUGUCUAACUGCUUGAUUACAUUGAUAAAGCCGCAGCAAUGUGAGUCGGUCAAAGCAUGUUUGAUCUUUCUCACAAGUAGCAAUCAGGUGGCGCUAUUUAUCAAAUAUUAUAAUACCAGAAUUCUAUUUGGAUUUCAUUUUGUUUAAUGCCUAUAUAUUUUUAGCUUGACUUUUUUUCAAUUUAGAGGUAUUUGGUUGCACAAAUAUGAGAUUCAUCUGCCCUUGUUAUGUUCUUAAAAAGAUCUGCUUCCAUUGUAGCUCCCAACUGGAGCCCAGUUUAUAGAGAUAAAAAGAGAGAGAUUUUGAACUGAGCCAUUGUACCUCAAUCAAAAUGUGCUCAUUUAAAAAAAGAUUGUUAAAUAAUGUUUAUGGAAGUUUUAAAACUUGCAUCUUUGCUCUGUUUCCAAAAUAAUGCCUUGAUCUCAUCAGUGGUGUAGCAAAGAUGUAUGUUUUUUUUUUUUAAGCUGAACUCAUUUAUACUCAUUCUAAUAUAAUCAUUUUAAUGAGGGCAUGCGGAUGGGAUGGAGGCGAGGGAAGCCUCAUGAAGCGCGCUUUGACAAGGUGUCAUAUGGGAAAGUGGGACUGUUGUAGAAACCUGGCAUGACGAUUGUAUGGUUCAAUGGGAAAUAUUUGUGAGUGUGUCUUUUUUACCACGUCUUUCGUCGGAACACCUUAAAUGUAAAAAAAAGAAAAACAAGAUGUAUCUUGACAAGAUUAAUAUUAAUGUCAACUUUUACAUGUUGCAGCAUGUGAGCUUUGUUCUACUCUGAAUGUUGUUUUAACUAUGUUGUGAUGAGAGUUGCUCUUCCAAAAUCCGGAGACUCUGCCAUUUUUUGUUUCAUAUAUUUAUUUAUUUUUAAACUGUGUACAGGCCUUUGUUAAGGCCUAUGACCUAAUGAGGGUAUUUGGGGUUUUAUUUGUUCUUGAUUUAGUAAUUAUAGGGGAUGUAUUGUUUGAUCAACAUUGUCAUUUACCACAAUAAUGCUGUAAAUAAAAAUAGGAUGGUGAUGUAUUGAAUUAGUAGUAAUAGCUCUGGACACGUCCUUCUGGGUUCAAACCCGUUUAACUCACAGGCUUUGAGCAUGUGGGGCCAACUGAGCGCAGUUUUUAACAAGGAAGGUUUUGUCGGCAAUAUAAUAGUUUGAUUACCUUUAUAAUGUAUAUACUUUAUUUCAGAAAAAAUGAAUAAAAAGAUGAGUUCUGUAUGAUACGUAUAUAUCAUUGUGCAUCACUGUUUACCAUCUCUGACUGUGGGUUUGCCCUCAGUAGUUGAUCUUGUACCACUUUAACUGUUAGUGAACACCAAACUAAUGCUUGCACUUUGCUGCCUUUGAACAUGCAGCUGUCAUUACAUUGUGUAUUUUGAAUAAAGAUGAUGAAAGGAAAA